AUGGAGUCCCAAACCCCAAACGCCCAAGUUUUCCCAGAAGACUACUUAGAAAGCACCAGCUCCACACCCUAUGGCAGUGCACCUUCCAGCCCAGGCCGGGCGCCUAGACCCGGACCCGGCUUCAUCAAUGGCGGGUUCUUUUACAGUGCACCAGCUAGCCCCAUGCAUUUCGCAAUGACAUCUUCACUCGGUUCUUCGAUGGUGUCAUUGUCUACAACACAGCCCUCUUCUCCUGAUUUCGAGUUCUCCGCAAGGUUCGGGUCAUCGGGUCCGGGUCAAACGGGAUCCAUGAGUUCGGCCGAUGAGCUUUUCUUAAACGGAAAGAUCAGACCGAUGAAGCUGUCCACUCAUUUGGAAAGGCCUCAGGCAUUAACUCCAUUGCUGGAUCUCGAACACGAAGACGGCGAAGAAGAAAAUUUAAGGGGGAGAGAUCAUAAAUCGUCGAGUCUAAGAAGAAGAACAAGAUCCAUGUCCCCUUUAAGAACUGACACAAACGAAGAUUUAAACGGCAAAGCUGACACCGACAAAGCUGUGAGAAGCUCAAAGAGAUGGGUUUUCCUCAAAGAUUUUCUAAGGACUAAAAAUGAAGGAAGAAGCAACAUCAAUUAUUAUAAAUUAUGGUCAAAGAUUUCAUUUUAUCCGGCAAAGGGAAAGAAGCCAAAAGCCGGUGGCGGAGAAUCGAAGAAGAAGCCGAUGAAUGGGAUAGGUAAAAAGAGGGUUCCACCAUCGCCACACGAGUUGCUUUACACUGCAAAUAGAGCACAAGCUGAAGAGUUAAGGAAGAAGACAUAUUUGCCUUACAGGCAAGGCUUGCUCGGCUGCUUGGGGUUCAGUUCAAAGGGUUAUAGAGCCAUGAAUGGUCUAGCUAGAGCAUUGAAUCAAGUUAAUUAAGGUCCCUGGGAAAUU